AUGUUCGGACUCGAGCGAAGGCUUGUGGUUCGAACACUCUUAGAGCGGAGGAGACUGCGUGAGGCUGGAUUCACAGAGCAGCGUCCACCUCCCGCUUUCGACGGUGGAAGGAUAACAGGCCGCAAGAAUAAGCACUGGGUUGUUGCUGAGAUCAUCAAGAAAGCUCGCAUCUAUUCUCCUCAAGCAGCCGCUGCUGCUAUUGCUGCUUCUGCAUCCACUUCCUCAGCCUCCAUUGCUGAUUCUACUGCUCAGACCCUGGCUCCUCCACCUCCUACUUCUUAA